AGUUGGAGGAAGAGCCCCAGUAUGGCACGUGUGGCCAAGAGAGCGCCUGAGCCGACUACUGCUGCUGCAGCAGCAAGAUCCAAGCAGCGGAAUCGUAGAGCUUCCUAUGGUCGAAGGUGCAAGAACUCCAACAAGAACCAACGUGCUUCGCGUCGUCGCAAAAGCUGUGCUGAGAUAAUGAGAAAGGGGAAGAGAGGGCGUCAACAGGCAUCGAAAGGGAAGAAAGCCAUCAAAGUAAGAAUUCUUAAAGAAGCUAGUCAAAAUGCUCUAGCAUUAGUCAUCCAUGAGCCAGUGAAUGAGAAUGUCAGCUUGACACCACCAGAAGUUCCAUCGUGCCCUGAAAACUCCCCAGUUCCUAAGGAAGACCUGGUCAGCUCCUAGGCUCCAAAUGGGUCCAAAGAUCUAAGAAACAUCAGUGAAUGGGUCUAGGAGCUGAGCGUCGGUCAUGAUGUCAUUGGCAAAAUUCACCACAAUUGUAAGAUGGUGAAAAUAAAAUCAAUCAUAAUGUG